AUGUCAAGCUGUGCCCAUCCCACCUCCGCUCUGUUCGUGGAUCGGCAAAAUGGUCGCACGACGUGUACCAUCUGUGGCGAUGUGGUGAUGGGCAACCAGUACGAGCUGGAUCCCGUCUUCGCCCAGGGUGCUCGGCAGCCGACCAGCGCCGGCGGCGGCUUUCGCAGUCUCACUGGCAGCUUCCGCCCCGCCACCUCGUACAAGGGCACCAACACGAGCAUGGUCAACACCCACUCCCGCCCCACCAUCGACAAGGCCCGCCGCGAGAUGCUCAACAUCAGCCGUCAGCUCGAGAUCAGCGAAGAUACGGUGGAGCGUGCCCUCGGCAUUUACAAGGUGGCGCUCAACUUGAACGUUGUGUCUGGCACACGGCCGAGCGUGCUGUGUGCCUGCCUCUACGCAGCCUGCCGGCGUGAGCGCACCUCGCACGUCAUCUACGAUUUCUCUGAGACGAACGGCGAGGACCCGCACACGAUCUUGUCCCAGUUGAAGUACAUCUGCCAUGCCACCCACACGGAGGUGCCCGUAAUCGACCCAUCGUGCUACGUCCAGAGGUUUGCCGAGCAGAUGGACCUCGGCCCGCAGACGAAGGACGUGGUUGUGUGUGCUCUCAAGGUGCUUCGGGCGAUGCAGGAUGACUGGAUUAGCUGUGGCAGGCGACCAAUGGGGGUCUGCGCUGCUGCUCUGCUUGUGGCUUGCUACGUGUUUGGCAUUUCACGCACCCCGGAGCAGGUGUGCGGCAUGGUGCGACUCACAUCUAACACAAUUGGCAAGCGACUGACCGAGUUUGCGGCGACACCAACGGCGCGCUUGGAGAACAUAGAUGACUAUCAGCCGUCGAACGAGACCCUACCGCCAGCUUUCAAUGACUCGAGUCGCAAAUCCACCGAAGAAGACGUGCACGCCAGUAUGCGGGAGCUGUCGGCCAUCUUCUACGAGCUUCUCUCGGAGGCGAAGACGUCGCAGCCGGCGACGCCGGAGCGGUGUGACAAGUGGCGCCGCUUCAUUAUGAAGCACUGCGAACUGGAGGGCAUCACGCCGCUGGAGGAGAAUUUAGACUUGAACGGGCUGUCGCCGGUGCAGCAGCUGCGUAUUUUGGGCCUGCCGUACACGAAGCCUAUCCCGCUGAAGGAGGUGGCACGCAGUGUGAAGGAAGAGGAGCACCGCCUUCUUAUCAAGCGCGAGGCGUCUCUUCAAACCGGCAGUGACGCGGGCAGCAGCCGGCAGCUGACAGCCACUGGGCUGUUGAACGAUCCCAACGUGUCGUCCAGAGGCAUACCUCUUCAUCUGUUACCUGACGAUUCUUUGGCGUCCUCGCUUGCGAAGGCGCCGCCGAUGGUAGGUUUUGCCGACGACGGAGGCGUGCACUCCGCCUUGGCCAGCGCUACUGAUGCCGCUGCGCUGGACUCACCGGAGCAGCUGCGGUGGAUAGCAAACGAGUACACGCGGCUGUUGAACAACAAUGCAGAAGUGAUGCACCUGCGCAACGACUUCGACUUUGCCGACGAGGAUGACAUGGACCGGGUUGGCGGCGCGGCGUCUCCUCAUGGCAGCCACCCUACGCAGAAUCGCUCCUACAACGGUGAGCUCUCGCAGCUUCGCUGCAACAGCCCGCUGCCGGGGACCCCGGGAGAGGAGGAUCAGCUCGGCUUCUAUGACGACGACGACGAGGGGCUCCGUCUAGCGCUGGAGGACAUCCUCUACGACCGCGAACGCCGCCACGCCUUGCCGUGGGAGUUCCUCGUGCUGCCGCAGGUCUCAGAGGAUGACUGCACGGACAUCUUACCAUACCUCGUGCUCGACAACGAGGAGCGCCUGCGACGCGAGCGCAUCGGCGUCUCCCUCUACGGCGAAAAGUGGAAGCGCGGACGGGCACGAACGGAGGAGGAAAUUCAAAAGCUGGAGGAGGCACGAGCCUCGAAGCGGCGCCGACGCAGCGUUAUUGCUGAGCCCGCAGUUGACGUACCCUCGGCAAUGGAGCGCGCGUUGCGCGGUCGGGGUGCUGGCGCGGUGAACGUUUACCAAAUUGAUGAGUUGCUCCCUGGUAUGCUGGAGGGCCUUGAGGGUGAGCCACACGCGGACUGGGACUGA